CCUUGUCCUAAAUUUGUUUCUGCAUUAUCGAUUUCUAAAGCUUCAUAUGACUACGGUCUAACGACUGUCGGCGACUACAGAAGAUCACAAUGGCUUCGACGAGCCAAUGCAUCGCUUCGCUGGCGAGGCUAAGCCUCUCUACGUCUGUGCGUCCUGCGCAUGCGACAAUUCCUAGGUUUCUGGCUCCCUCGAUAGUUCAAAUAAGAUGCAAAAGCGCCGGCACUUCGGCUAUGCGGGCGCGUGAGCGAGAGAAGGAAAAGACCAAGAAGACAAAGAAGCAACAGCGAUUCAAGGAAUACAAAUAUGCCACGCCGAGCAAAGAGGAGAGGUAUUCGCUAUGCGAUGCUAUGCGAUAUCUACGAGCCGCCGAAGUUGGCCGACCGCCAUCUUCUGUUACGUACGAACUCGCUCUUAAAAUAAGAACACCUAAGAACAGCCCGGUCCUUCGAAAUCGGAUACGUCUACCCUACCCUGUCAAGAACGACACGCAGAUCGCCGUCAUCUGCAAGGAAGGCAGCGGUGCUAUGCACGACGCCCGUGCCGGAGGAGCUGUCGCAUUCGGAGAGGAAUCCCUAUUUGAGCUGAUCAAGGCGAACCCGAAUAAGUUACCGUUCAACCGUCUUAUCUGCCACGUUGAUUCCGAACCGGCCCUUAAAAAGGCUGGCCUCGGCCGUAUACUGGGUCCCAAGGGUCUGAUGCCUAGCAUUAAGACCAAUACCAUCACCAAGAGUGUGAAGUCCCUGAUGCACGAGAUGGUAGGCGCCGAGAACUACAGAGAGAGGGUGGGCGCGAUCCGUAUGCCUAUCGGGAAUAUCCAAUUCACACCUAACAUGCUCUCUGCGAACGUCAAGGCUCUCGUGGGAGCAGUGAAGGAGAACAUUUCGACUUUGGAGGACAGAGUCAAGAAGGAUUUAAUCGAAGUUGUGCUAACUUCCACAAAUGGGCCGGGUUUUAGCUUGAACGGAGGGUUCAACUCUACCGACGAGAAGGUCCAGCCCGCACACCUGAGCACAGCCAUGUAAAUAUCUAUACCCCUUAAGGCAGGACAGUAUAAAAUUGUACCAUAUGCUUUUGUAUAAGUUGGAU